UAUCUGAACACCGUGACUGUUUCACCAGAUGGAUCACUUUGUGCUUCUGGAGGCAAGGAUGGCCAGGUCAUGCUAUGGGAUCUCAAUGAAGGCAAGCACCUUUAUACACUAGAUGGUGGGGACAUCAUCAAUGCCCUGUGCUUCAGCCCCAACCGCUACUGGCUCUGUGCUGCCACGGGCCCCAGCAUCAAGAUCUGGGACUUAGAGGGCAAGAUAAUUGUAGAUGAACUGAAGCAAGAAGUUAUCAGUACCAGCAGCAAGGCAGAGCCACCCCAGUGUACCUCUCUGGCCUGGUCUGCUGACAGCCAGACUCUGUUUGCUGGCUACACAGACAACCUGGUGGUACGCGUGUGGCAGGUGACCAUCGGCACCUGCUAGAAAUUUAUGGCAGAGCUUUUAGAAAUAAAAAACUGGUUUGGUGAAAAAAAAAAAAAAA